AUGCAAGCACAGAGGGCAGCAGCCAUACGCAUCAUCCGGUCUUAUCGGACCGUCUCCGAUGUGGCUGCCUUGGUGUUGGCUAGGAUGCCUCCGACGCACCUCCUCGCUACCGAGCGCCUAAGGAUUGCCGAAGCUAGGCAGCGCCUCCCUACCAUUGGUGUCAGCGAUCUCCAGAGAAGGGAACGUAUGGAGACAUUAAGACGGUGGCAAUGCCUGUGGGAAUCGUCGCCAAAGUCCAGCUGGACCAGGAAGCUGAUUCCUGACGUCAGUCGAUGGUACUACUCUGCCCAGAAGUCAUAUCUGCAUCGAAGGAAGAGAGCUGCUGAUCCGACUUGCUGUCACUGUUGGGCCGCAGAAGAUACCGCGGAGCAUACACUGUUCGUUUGUCCCUGGUGGUCCUUGGACAGGGAGCCGCUGAGAUUGGUUCUCCGUCGUCCUCUGAUGGCCUCAGACGUUGAGGACCUACUCUGUGGCCCACGUCAUGAAGAUUUACCAAGCGAGGUUGAACAGAGGAAUGCAUUAUUCAUCGGCGAGAGGAGAGAACUCGAGGAAUCGUUGGGCAGGCCUGUAGUUCCUGAAGACAUUUUGAGCAUUCUCUGUGGACCACUGCCGGCAGAACAUACAGACGACCCACAUAUAAGGAGGAGAAUCAUUUCUGCAAACAACAGAAGGAAGGUGCUGCUUAGUCAGAUGAUUGACAAAAUUAUGGGCAUCAAGGAGGAGAUGGAAAGAGAGAGACAGCGGGCUGCAUAG